AUGGCCCUCUCGCUGCAGCGCCUCAACCUCGACCAGCAGCAGCAACAGCAGCAGCAGCAACAGCAGCAGCAGCAACAGCAGCAGACAGUGUAUGUGCUGGUGCUGCCCCCCUGGUGUAUGCUGCAGCAUUGGCAGCUAAAGGGUCCUCGCCGUGUCUCCUGGGGGGAGUUGCUGCUGCUGCAGCAACUGCAGCAGCUGCUGCCUGUUAUUGAAUAUGAUGACUUUGCUGCUCUCCAUCAAUAUGAGAGACAUCAGGUGGAAACUGUCAUUGUGAUGCAGUACAAAGCAGCAGCAGCAGCAGCAGCACCUGGAGGGCUUCCGUGUUCUGUUGUUGCUGCUGCUGCAUGCCCCUCCUUUGGUCUUGUGACGGAGCAGCAGCGGACCGCUCGCCAGGUGUACAUGCAGCAGCAGCAGCAGCAGCGGCGGCAGCAGCAAGAUUCGUUGUUCUUUUGGCUUGGAGGGUUCUGUAAUCCGCUAAAAGCAGAGAGAGCUGUCUGCAUCGAGUCGUCUCUCCCUACAACAUGGACUCUCGCGCGGUGCCUCCCUGCAGCAGCAGCUGACAAAGAACUCAUUAUCUUGAAGGCAAGGCACGCAGACUCUAUCGUCCCUCCUUUUCCCGACGAAGCAGAGAAUUGGGGUUUAGGGUUUGGGGUUUACGUACACCCUAAAAUACAAGCAAUAGGAGACGCCUUCCUCCUCCAUAUGCUCAGCAGCAGCAGUAGCAGCAGCAGCAACAGCAGCAACAGCAGCCAUGCUGAGGGCAAGUGCAGCAGCAGCAGCAGCAGCAACGAUAGCAGCACCUGCAGCAGCAAUACCGGUGGCGCCGCACUGUCUGUAGCUGCAGCAUCAGCAGCAGCGUCUACAGCGGAGCCAAUAGCAGCAGCAGCAGCAACAGCAGCAGCAGCAGCAGCAGCAGCAAUUCCUUUUGUGUCAGCACACUGGCGUCGUUCAGAUUUUAUAAGGAUUGGUUUAGCAGCAAACUCUGCUGCUGCAGCAGAGUUGCUGCUGCUGCUCGCCAAUCGGGCCCAAACCCCCGCAGUACUCGUGUGUACAGACGCAUCGCCAGAAGAUCGAAAGGAGCUAGCAGAUAGCUUUGCUGCUGCUGCUGCUGCUGCCGCAGCAGCAGCAACAGCAGCAGGAGGAGCAGCAACAGCAGCAAUACCCAAAUUGUAUUUCUUUGAUAUGGAAGUUGCUUUGCAUGCACUAGCGAGGCUGCUGCUGCAGCAGCAGCAGGAAGAAGAGGAGGAGGUGGUUCUGGAGCGGGCGCUAGGCCGCCGUUUGCUGCUGCUGCUGCGCAUGCAUCCAGGAGCAGCAGCACUUGCGGAGUGGGCUGCUGCUGCUGCUGCAGAUGUGUUUAUUGGCAGCAGCAACAGCAGGGUCUCUCUACACAUUCGUAACGAUAGAAGCAGAUUAGGUUUCCCUUUUUACCUGUCUGCUGCUGAUCUUUGUCCUUCUGCUGCUGCUGCUGCUGCAGGAGCAGAGGGCCAGUCUGCUGCUGCAGUCGCAGCAGCAGCAGCAGCAAAGGCAGCAGCAAAGCCAGCUGCUGUUGCUGCCUUGUCCCCUGCUUCUGCCUCAACAGCAGCAGCAACUAAAGUCAUACCGCCCACAGCAGCAGCAGCAGCAGCAGCAGCAGAAGCAGCAGGUGCAGCAGCAGCAGCAGAACAGCUGUAUAAGGAUCUGCCCUUCGGCAGCAGUAGCAGCAGCAGCAGCAACAACAACAACAACAGCAGCAGCAGCACAAUGUAUCCAGAUAGGUCUGGCGGCCGUGGGGCCAUCCUGCAGGACCACCACACCGGAGCAGCAGCAGCAGCAGCACCACCAAGUGCAGCAGCAGCAGCAACUGGUGUCGGCCAGCCUUUUUUAGGCUUGCAGCGCUGCAGCCCGGCGCCGCUGCAGCAGCAGCAGCAACAACAGCAGCAGCAGCAGCAGCAGCAUCUUUUAAAUAUAUUAGCGUCUCCAAUAUCUUCAGCUAGUGAGAGUGCUGCUGGCUCACCUGUAGAAGGCCGGCAACAGCAGCAGCAGCAGCAGCAGCAGCAGCAGCAGCAGCUAAAUAACAGCUAUGACGACUUCCCAUUGUUACCGGCUUCUGUCGAGGAGGCAAAUGCAAGAAACAGCAGUAACAGCAGCAGCAGCAGCAGCAACAGCAGCAGCAGCAGCAGCAGCAACAGGGGUUUGCCCCGUCUUGCUAUUUUCCCUCCAGAAGAUACAACAGGGCCUCUGUUAACAAACACACAGCAGCAGCAGCAACAGCAGCAGCAACAGCAGCAGCAGCAGCAGCCGCAGAGCCCUGUGUCUCCUGUAUCUUCUCCUGAUGCCUCCUUGCUGCAGCCGCAGCAGCAGCAGCCGCUGCUGGUGUCUCCUGCUACUCCCCCUUUCUCCCCAUCUCUUGCCUUUGCUCCUCCCCCUCGCCGCGCCAAUGUAGCAGCAGCAGCAGCAGCAGCAAUAGCAGCAGCAGGAGGAGGAGGGGGAAAGCAAUCUAGCUCUUCUUAUUUGUCUCCUUCUUAUUGCAGCCCUCUAUCUCCUACUUCUCCUCUUAUGACCUACAGCAGCAGCAGCAGCAACCGAGCAGCAGCAGCAGCAGCAACAGGGCCUCCUCCUAGUGCGCUAGGAGGCAACGCAAAUGUGCUGCAGCUCGGCAGCUGGCUGCUGCAGCGCAGCAGCAGACUGCCGCCGCAGCAACUGCAGCAGCAGAUGGAGAACUUCCUACUGCACUUUGACUUCGUUUCUGCUGCUGCUGCCAGCAGCAGCAGCAACAGCAACAGCAGCAGCAGCAGCAGCAGCAGCAGUGAGGAUAAAGGGGUGGUCGUAGAGAGAGAAGUCAUUGACGACGACGAAGCAGAUGCUGCUGCUGGCACAACAGCAGCAGCACCAACACCAGCAGCAGCAGCAACAGCAACAGCAGCAGCAGCAACAGGAGAUGCUGCUGUAUUUACAUCAUUAAUGUUGGAUAUAUUAGCAUUAAGGGCAGGAGAAGGAGCAGCAACAGCAGCAGAUUGUCUUGUUCAUCAUCUUAAGGAAGCCUGCAAGGGAGAGCGGAUAGGCUGCAGCGGCAGCUCUGCUGUCGGUGCAGCAGAUGCAGCAGCAGCAGACAGCAGCAGCAGCAGCAGCAGCGGAUGGCUGAGAGUAGGGAGGUUUGCCUUCCAUAACCGCCGCGCACUCAAACAGAAACUGAGGGCCAUCUUGCAGCUGGGAGAGGAGGGUCAGGACCUUGAAGGGGAAGACUUGGAGUUGGUGUCUGCUGUCUUACGUUAUCAUCCUCGUGCUAAGUUUAAAACCCGAGGUAUGAUGGGUAUAUAUGUUGGUUCUCAUCCAAACCCUCGUUUUCAUUCAACUCGUACAUUCUUUGUUCGCCGUCUAGAUGCCUCUUCUUCUCCUCCUGCAGAGGCAGCUAGCCAGCUAGCUACCCAGCUAGCUAAUCCGUCAGCUAAUCAGCUAGCUAACCAGCUAGCUAACCAGCUAGCUAGCCGUAAUAAAGGGGAGAAGGAUGAAGAUUUUAGUUAUGUUCGUUGUGUAGAAAAUAUUUUAUCUCUUGAUACAAAGGCAGCAAGGGCUACUUGUCUAGCUAUACAGCAGCGUGAACAAUUAGCCGAGUUAUCUCUGCAGCUGCAGCAAGGAUCUGUAGGGUUAGAGACGGUGCAGCAGCUGCUGCAGCAGCAACAGCAGCUGCUGCAGGAAUUAUAUUGUCGUGUACGUAGUGAGGAAGAUAUAGAUUGUAUGGCUAGGACAUUAGAUUGUUUAAUGUUGCAAUUAUUCUCCUUCCUUAAGUCUCGUCUGCUGCUGCCUCGUGGCAAAUCUGCUGCUGCUGCUGCUGCUGUUGCUGCUGCUGCUGCUGCUGCACCUCCAGCAGCAGCAGCAACAGCAGCUUUUGCUGCUGUAGAAAGAAGCAGAAUCAAUGCAGAUUACUCCCCCUGUGCCGAUGACUCACCCAUAUUAUCUCCUGCUGAUAACGCAGCAGCAGCAACAGCAGCAACUGCAGCAGGAGCAGCAGCACCAGGAGGACCACCAGGAGCAGCAGCAGCAGAUUCUCUUGCUGCAGAUGUCUUCGAUGCCUUCCUUCGUGUUGUGCUGCCUGUACCUAGCUGCCGAUACACCCAAUUUGCUGCUUUCUUUGUUGCAUCUACGGAUAUUAAAUAUGCAGAGUUGCUGCUGCAGCAACUCUUCUUGCUGCUAGCUAGCAGACAAAGAAAUAUUAGACUCCGCCGAGCAGCUUGCUGCUACAUUGCUUCCUUUUUAUGCCGAUCGCGGACGCUACCGCCUAGCAUUGCUGCUGCUGCGCUGCAACAGCUGCUGCUGCUGCUGCACCGCGGUUUCUUAAGGACUGGAUCUGCCCCUCCGCAGCAGCAGCAGCAGCGCAUGCGUUUGCUGCAGCGCUCCUUUAUGGGAGAACUAGAACCCUAUCUUGCUACUGUGUUGCUGCACCACAAGCAGCAGCAACAACAACAACAACAGCAGAGGGCUGCAGCAGCAAAAGCGGUGCCUGCUGCUGCAGGCGGUGCUGCACCGACGACUCCUACAGCAGGAGCAGCAGGUGCAGCAGCAGCGGCAGCAGCAGCAAACGAUCGGGAAGAAACCGCGGAUGAUAUCCUCUCUCCUCUCUCACCGAAUGAGCAGCAGCAGCAACAACAACCGCAACAGCAGCAACAGCAGCAGCAGGACGAGGAGCUACCGUACAGCCCCAUGAGUCCAAACCCUUUUAGUCCAGGCCCAGCACCUGCUGUCCCCACCACCAUCACCACCAGCAGCAACAGCAACAGCAGCAGCAGCAGCAGCAGCAACAGUGAUCCCCUGGAUUCUUUCUUCCCCUUUGAUCCUUAUAGGCUGCGGCACUCGCAAAGAUUUAUAACAAAUAAAUAUAGGGAGUGGAAGCAGGUAGCAACAGCAGCAGAGCAGCAGCAGCAGCAGCAGCAGCAGCACAGACAGCACCAAAUAAAGCAGGUCACGGUGCUGCUGCAGGAGCUCGAACAGCUGCAGCAGCAGCUACACCAGCAACUCAAGGAGCUGCAGCAGCCAGAUCAGCAGCAGCAGCAAACCAAACCCAACCAGCAGCAACACAUCGAAUAUGUGCUGCAAAAGUGCCAAACACUGCAGCAGGAGAUGCAGCAGCUGUUGUACCAGUGGCAGGGAGGGAGCAGCAGCAGCAGCAGCAGCAGCAGCAGCACUUCCUGUGGGGUGGUUGGUAGCAGCAGCGGAACAGAAGCAGCAGCAACAACAGCAGCAGCAGAAACUGCGGCUAGCAGCCCCCUUUCUCCUGUCUAUACAAAUGCACCAGGGCCCUGCAUCGAGUCGCCGGCGGAGCAGCAGCAACAACAGCAGCCACAGCAACAGGAUCAGCAGCUGCCGGAGCAAGAACAGCAGCAGCAGCAACAACAGCAGCAGCAGCAGCAGCAUGGAGGAGGGGAGCUGACAUCUGAGAAGAAAGAAGAGGUACAACAGCAGGAAGAAUCAGAGGAGAUGGGCGACACUUCAAUCGAAGACUUCGCCGGAUUUGACUGCGUUGAAGCCACAAAAGAAGCAGCAAAGGGGAGAGCUGAAGCAGCAGCAGCUGCUGCAGAUUCUGCGAAGGCAGCAGCAGAAGGAGACACGGUGAAGGCUGCAGCAGCAGCAGCUGCUGCUGCUGCAGCACGAGCGGAAGCAGCAGCGGCCGCAGCAGCAGCAGCAGAGCAGGCAACAGCGGAAGCAGCAAAGCUGCUUCCAAGCGACACGGCUCAAGGCGCCCGUGCUGCAGAAGCAUCAGCAGCAGCAGCAGCAGCAAUGACAGCAGCAGCAACAGCCGCGGCAGCAGCAGCAGCAGAGCAGGCGGAUGAAGUGGCUCGCGCGCAGGCAGGUGCAGCAGAAGCAGCAGCGGAGGCUGCAGCAGCUGCUGCUGCUGCGGCUGCAGCAGCAGCAGCAGACAGCGAUGAUGAUGCCAACAACUUAGGCAGCGACACAGAAACCGACGAUGGGGGGUUGCCAGAUUGGAGCAGCAGCAGCAGCAGUAGCAGCAGCAACUCCGAUUACGAUGAUCAGCAGCAGCAGCAGCGGCAACGCAACAGCAGCAGCAACAGCAAACGAUUCUUCUUAAAGAGGAGGAAGCACAUGAAGAAGCGCCAUGCAGCAGCUUCUUUCUUUGGUGCUGGCAGCGACAGCAGCGACGACGAGCUGCUGCUGCCGCAGCAGCAGCAGCAGCUGCUGCAGCUGCCAGAAAAUCUACUUGCUUCUAGUGAAGCUGUUACUGAUCAGAUCCUCUCCGACUUAAAGAGCACAGGGGAGGUGUCUUUGGAUUCUUCAUCGGUUAGUGUGCUGCCGUCUUCUGAGCAGCUGCAGCUGCUGCGGCAGCAGAGCAGCAGCAGCGGCAGCAGGCUGCAGGCCCUGCUGCAGCAUAGCAGCUACAGGCCUCCUCCUGGGUCUCCUCUUAUUACAUGUCAUGUUGAUACUUCCCCGCCGCUGCCAGCAGCAGCACCAACAGCAGCAGCAGCAGCAGCAGCAGAUUGUCUGUCUCCUCCGCUUAUUGCUGCGAGCUGCAGCACAACGAAUCCAUCCUCGCAAUUCAAACUGCUGCCUAGCAGCGAGCAGCAGCAGCAGCAGCAGGAGCAGCAGCAGCAGCAGCAGGGCCUAAAAGGCCGCUCUAGCGCACGUGCAGUGCUUGGGCACGCGCAGAAAGAGGAGGAGGAAGAAGAAGAGCAGCAUCAGCAGCAAGAAUCGCUGCAGCGGCAGCUGACAAGGCGCAUGCAUCGACGCCACACAGUUACUGCCAGUUGUGAUGCAGACUGGCAGCAGCAGCAGCAGCAGCAGCACCUGCUGCUGCUGCAGCAGCAAGAGGAUGAUGAUGAAGGACCGUAUUUUCUGCUGCAAAGAAGGCAGCUGCAGCAGCAGCAGCAGCAACAACAACAGCAACAACAGCAGCAACAACCGCAACAACAACAGCAGCAACAACAACAACAGCAGCAACAGCCGCAGCAACAGCCGCAGCAACAGCCGCAGCAACAGCCGCAACAGCAGUUGCAGCAACAGCCACAACAACAGGUGCAACAACAGCCGCAACAGCAGCUGCAGCAGCCGCAACAGCAGCUGCAGCAGCAGCUACAGCAACCACCGCAACAGCUGCAGCAACAGCAGCCGCAGCAGCAGCUGCAGCAAAUCACAUCUGGCGCGGAAGACUCUUCCAUGAGGCCGACAGCUGCAGUAGAAGCAGCACCAGCAGUAGCAGCAGCACCUGCUGCUACUGCAACAGCAGCAGACACUGCAGCAACACAUGCCUCGCGAUCUCCGUCGUCGGAAGCAGCACCUCGACGGCGCCGCCGCAGGAAGCGACGCAGCAGCAGCAGCAGCAGUAGCAGCAGCAGCAGAAGCAACUCUAGGGAGAAGCAGCUGCUGCAGCUGCAGCUGCUGCAGAUGCAGCAAACAAUAUUAAAGACACAAGAAAUGCUGCAGCAGCAGCAGCUGAUGCUGCUUAACCUUGAGCAGCGCAUGCAGCAGCGCAGCAGCAACGAGAUUAAUCAUGGACAACUUGGUGCUGCUCCUGCUGCUGGCGCUGCUUUUCUUCCUGUUGCCUCUGCUGCUGCUGCUGCUGCUGGUUCUACGCAGCAUCCACAGCAGCAGCAGCAGCAGCGGAUGCCGAAGACUGCAAAGGUGAAGCGGCAGCGGUACAGUGAUGACGAGCAGCAGCAACGGCAGCAGCAGCAACAGCAGCAGCACCAACAGCUGUUUGCUACUACUUAUCCUGCUGCUUCUUCUGUUGCUGCUGCCUCGGAGGUACCUGCUGCUGCUGCUGCUGCGAUGGAUGAAGAGACGCGUCUGCAGCAGAAGGCACUAAAGAGAGAGCAGCGGCAGCGGCGGAGAGCAUCUAAGCUGCUGCAGCAGAAGGCGGAGGAGGAACUGGAGCAGCAGCAGCAGCUGCAGCAGCAGCAAGAGCAGCAGCAACUCCAAAUUCAGCAGGAGCAACUGCUGCAUCAGCAGCAACAGCAACAAGAGCUUGAGAACAACCUCCGAAUGAGGAGGCGAAGCAAGCAGCAGGAGCAGCAGCAGCAACAGCAAGAACAGCAGCAGCAGGAGCAGCAGCAGCUGAAGGUAAAGAAGGAAAUAGAGGAGUUGCUGAUCUUCCCUGAAGCAGCAGCACCAGAGGGCUGGAAGGUAUACAGCAGCGGCGACAGCAGCAGCAGCAGCAGCGACAGCAGCAGCAGCAGCGAGGAGGACAAUGAAGUGCUGCCAGCAGCAGCAGCAGCAGCAGCAGACGCUGCUGAUUUAAGUUCAAUUGAUGAAGACAGAGAGGUGCCCAACUUGUUGCUGCAUGCAGAACAGCACGGCGAGGAUGCCCAAAGAGAGUUGCUGCUGCAGCAGCUGCAGCAGCAGCAGCAGCUAGGAGACACGUCAGACGCUGACGACUCGGACACAGCAGCAGCAGCAACAACAGCAGUAGCAGGUAUUUCUGCUGCUGCUGUUGCUGUAUGUACACCCGAGAGACGCAGCAAAGAUAAAAGGCGCAAACAUAGAAGCAGCACGGCAGCAUGGGAGCAGCAGCAGCAACAGCAGCAGCAGGAGCAACAGCAGCAGCAGGAGCAACAGCAAUUGCCUUCCUAUCCAGGAUCUGCACCAAAGCACAAAAAGAAAAAGGCAGCAGCAGCAGUAGCAGCAACAGCAGCAUAUGCUUCCAUUGCAGCAACAACAGCAGCAGCGACAACAAUGACAUCAGCAGCAGCAGCAGAAGAUGGUGCUGCUGCUGCUGCUGCUGCUGCAGUGAAAAGCAAGAAGCACCGGCUGCCGCGGCCGGAGGCACCUCAAGGGCCACUCAGCAGCAGCAGGAAAAAGAGGCAAAAGUUGUUGCUGCUGCUGCAGCAGCAGCAACAACAGCAAGAGCGCCAAAAGAAGAAGGCAAUCCGCUUGAAGGCAGCAGAUGCUGCAGCAGCAGAUGCUGCAGCACCUGCUGCUGCAGCAGAAGACGAUACACUGCAGCAGCAAAACGAUUUGCUGCAGCAGCACGAAUAUGAGCAGGAGCCUACAGAAGAGCUGCAGCAGCAGCAGCAGCAACAGGACGAAGAAGUGCUGCAGCAACAGCAGCAAGAACGGCCAAAAAAGAAGAAGCACCGCGUGAAGGAUGCAUCUGCUGCAGCAGCAGCAGAUUAUAAUCCGCAGCAGCAGCAGCAGGAGGAGGGAGAAGUGCAGCAGCAGCAGCAGCAAGAACGGCCAAAAAAGAAGACGCACCGCGUGAAGGAUGCAUCUGCUGCAGCAGCAGCAGCAGAUUAUAGUCCGCAGCAGCAGGGGGAGGAAGAAGGGCUGCAGCAGCAGCAGCAGCAAGAACGGCCAAAGAAGAAGAAGAACCGCGUGAAGGAUUCAUCUGCUGCAGCAGCAGCAGCAUCAGCAGCAGAUUAUAAUCCGCAGCAGCAGCAGCAGCAGCAGCAGGAGGAAGAAGUGCAGCAGCAGCAGCAGCAAGAACGGCCAAAAAAGAAGAAUCGCGUGAAAGAUGCAUCUGCUGCUGCUGCUGCAGCAGAUUAUAAUCAGCAGCAGCAGGAGGAGCAGCAGCACGAGCAACAGCACGAGCAACAGCACGAGCAGCAGCACGAGCAGCAGCACGAGCAGCAGCAGCCCCAGUCUCAGCAGCCCUUGGCUAGGGUUUUCUGUCUUCUCCCAAACCCUUCGAAAAAUUGCAGCACAGGGAGCGCUGGUGAGGGAGUGCUGGUGUUUCGGCUGCAGCGGCUGCUGCUGCUGCUGCUGCUGCUGUUGCUGCAGUGCCGACAUUCCAUAGCGUUAUUGGCUGGUAGUAGCAGCAAGUAUAUCAGCAUCAGCAGCAACAGCUGCAGCUGCAGAGACAGCUGCAUCAGGAGCUUCAACUGCAGCAGCAACUGCAGCAGCAGCAGCAACUGCAGCAGCAGCAGCAGCAACUGCAGCAGCAGCAUGAGGUCACCUCUCCCCCUUGACUUGCAUGCAACACGAACCCCACAGCGCCGGCUGCAGCAAAAAGAGCAGCAGCAGAGGGAAACACUGCAGCAGCAGCAGCAGCAACAACAGCAAAAGGAACUGCAACAGCAACAGCAGCAGCAUGAUAACCCCGGACAACCGUACGAAGAAGAGCGCUUGCUGCUGCUGCAGCAAGUGAGGCAGCAGCAGCAGCAGAUUCGCUCACAAGAACGCCUGCUGCAGCAGCUGCUGCUGGAGAACGAAGAGCUGCAGAGGCUCUCUCCCCUAAAGAGUGGCAGCAGCAGCAGCAGCAGCAGUAGUAGUAGCAUCUGCGCCUUUGAUCAACACCACCAGCUGCAACAGCAGCAGCUGUUGCAGCAGCAGCAAGAAAAUGUACUGCUCUAUGGACAACAAAACACUCAAGGUUGCGCUGCUGCUGCUGCUGCUUCUGUUGCUGCUGCUUCUCUGCAGCAGCUGCACCACCAGCAGCAGCAGCUGUGGCAGGAGCACACACCUAAGAAGCAGCGCAUCGGAGGGCAGCAGCAGCAGCAACAACAAGUCUUUGAGCCUACGAGAAGCAGCAGCAGCAGCAGCAGCAACAGCUACAAUUGUCUAUACAAUAGCAGCAGCAGCAGCCGCAGCAGCAGCCGCAGCAGUUUGCCCAGCCGCCACCAGCGAGGGCCUGUCGUCGUUCCCUUUGAGCUGCUGCUGCAGGAGCAGCUGCAGCAGCAGCAGCAGCUGCAGCAGCACGUUGCGCUGCAGCUGCCUCCCUACACGAAUGAGCUGCAGCACCCGCAUGCAUGGGAACAGCAGCAGCAGCAGCAGCUGUUCCCUAGCACUAGAGUGAGGAGAUGCAGCAGCAGCUACAGCAGCAGUAGCAGGGGCUGGAGCGACGAUAGUAAUGGGGAGAGCAGCAGCAACAGCGACAGCAGCAGCAGCAGCAAUGUGGUCGCUGGUAGGAGCAGCCGCUGCAGCGAAAGCAGGAGCAGCAGCGCAAGCAGCAGAAGCAGCAACAGCAGCAGCAGCACCAGCGAAGACGGAAGCGCAAGCGACAAUAAUGUCGUCAACAGAAGCAGCAGCAGCAGCAGCAGCAGCAGCAGCAGCAGCAGCAGCAGCAGCAGCAGCAGUUGCAGCAGCAGUUGCAGCAGCAGCAGCAGACUCCAACACUUUGGGCGAGACGCUCACCUCCACCGACACAAGAGUAGCAGCAGCAGCAGCAACAGCAGCAGCGAAGACAGCAGCAACAGUACAAAAGGUAGACGCAACUACAGGGGCCGCCACAGCAGCGGGAGCAGCAGCAGUGGCAGCAGCAGCAGCAGCGGCAGCAGCAGCAGCAGCGAAGCACCUGAGGCUUCAGAUGAUAACAUAGAUGGGUCUCCUUCGCAUGCAAGUGCUGCUUCUGAAGCGGCAGCAGCAGCAGCAGCAGCACCUGCUGCUGCUGCUGCUGAUGAUGAUGACAAUAGAACGACGGGUACUGCUGCUGCACUAGAACUGCAGCAACAGCAGCACCGACGGCAGCAGCAACAGCAGCAAGAACCGUUACUGCUGCAGGUCGAUCCGUCACCUGAUGGCGAGCAGCAGCAACAAUUCCAGCAGCAGCAACAGCAACAGGAGCUCCAGCAGCAGGAGCAGCAGCAGGAGCAGCAGCGGCGAAGACGGCUGCAUAGGAACAGGCAGCGCCUAGGUAGGCGACACCGAGCAGCAACAGCAGCAAGAAUUCGUACUGCUGCUGCAGCAAAGCAGGUAAAAAAGGAAGCAGGUAGGCUGCUGUCAGCAGCAGCAGCAGCAGCAGAAUCCUGUGAUGAGGACACGCAGCACUUGCUGCUGCUACAGCAGCAGGAGCAGUUGGAGCAACUGCAGCAGCAGCAGAAGCAGCAGCUGCUGCUGCAGGUUCCUGCUGCAGUUCCUCUAUGGCUAGGACGACUGCAGCAGCAGCUUGUGCUGCACUCUCCUAACCUUCUGGAAGAGGCCAUCGCGAAUUGCAGCAGCUGCAGCAGCCCGUUGCAGCUGCUGCGUGUGGUUGCUGCAGCACGAUCUGCAGCAGCAGCAGCAGCUGCUGCUGCUGCUGCUAUUGCUGCUGUCCCCGGCAAAGCAGCAGCAUAUCUUUCACCUCCAGCAGCAGCUGCAGCAGCAGAGGCCUCCAUUCAGCAUGCACUGGUGCUGCUGCUGCGGGGAUGCAUGCGUUCAAGUACAGGAGCAGCAGCAGAAGUGCUGCUUGCUGCUACUGCAGUGGCGGAACCGAAUCCACAGCAGCAGCAACAGCAGCAGCAGCAGCAAGGUCUACUACUCGAGCUGCAGCAGCAGCAGGAUGCAUCGUUCCUGCAGUACGUGGCAAUGGCAUUUGAGCAGCAAAACAUCCGCAGCAGCAGCAGCAGCAACAGCAGACUGCAGCGGCGGCACAAUAGAGUGUCCCCGCUGCUGCUGUUGCUGCUGCUGCUCGAGCUGCUGCAGCGACCACAACUGCAGCAAGGCUUGCUACAGCAGCACCGCGUGCUGCUGCAGUUGCUUGAGUUGUGCUGCUGCGUGUCUGUUGAUCCUCAUCGGCGGCAGCAGCAGCGACACAAGCAGCAGCAGCAGCAGCAGCAGCAGCAGCGGCAGCAGCGGUGUGGGGUCUGCCGCAUGCAGAAAUGUCCUUAUGAGUAUCUUUGUAAAUCUUUAACAAUUCCCUUCUGGCCUUUGCUGCUGCUGUCGGGGUUCUUGCUGCAGCAGCUAUCGCCUGCUGCUGCUGCUGCUGCUGCUGAGGAAGCAGCAGAUGAGGCGGAGCUGGUAAAGCUGCUGAGACGACAGCAUCGCCAGCAGCAGCAGCAGCAGCAAGGCAACUCGGCGCGGUUGCUGCAGCAAUUUGCUGCCUAUCUUCUUAAGCAGGCACAAAAACUGAGGGAGAGCUUUGCUGCUGCUGCCGGGAACAGCAGCAGCAGCCGCAGCAACAGCAGCAGCAGCAGCACAAGAGGGAAGGGGCGCCGGCUCCAGCAAUUCAUGCAGUUGUGCUGCGUCCUCAACAACCUUCGGCCGCAGCAGCAGCAGAAGCAACUCACGCUGCAGCAGCGGGAGCUCCCUGCUGCUCAGCAGCAGCAGCUGCUGCUGCUGCUGCUUGGUGCAGUUGCAUCGUGGGCAGCAGCGAGACGCUGCUGCCUCCUUCGCCACCUAAGCAGCAGCAGCAACGGUAGCAGCAGCAGAAGCAACGACAACAGCAACAGCAACAGCAGCAAAUGGCAGCAGGAGGAGAGGCAGCAGCAGCAGCAGCAGCGGCAGCUGCGGUUCUUGCUGCAGGCAGUAAAGGAAUGGGCAGCGAAUGCAGCAACAAAGCACACAGCAAUUAAGUUUGCUUCUGCUGCUGCUGCUGUUGCUGGCUCUGCAGGAGCUGCUGCUGCUGCUGCUUUUGCUACCACGGCUGCUGCUGCAGGCGGGCACCAAGGGCAGCAGCAAAUGCAGCAGCAACUGCAGCAGCAAAUACUAGAUCGAUUAACCAGAGAUGCAUCGCAUGCUGCAUGCACUGCAGCUCGAAGGAUAACAGCAGCUGCAGCAGCAGCAGGUGCAGCAGCAGCAGCACGAGGGCCACUAGAGCGUGCCGUCUUGCUUCUGUUGAACAUCAACGGAGGCAGCAGCAGCAGUAACAGCAACAGCAGCAGCAGCAGUUCAGAUAAGCAACAGCAGAUUCAACCGGAGCUGCAGCAGGCAGCAGCAGAUGUGCUGCAGCAGUGCAGCAAGAACGAUUGUCCAAUGCUUCCGUUGCUGCUGCUGCUGCUGCUGCGGCGCGAACAGCGGUUGCCAUCAUUGAUCAGCAGCAGAAGCAGCAGCAGCAGCAGCAGUUACCCGGCCUCUUGCGUCCUGGUGCUCCCUGCUGCAGCCUUGCUGCAGCAGCAACAACAACAGCAGCAGCAGCCGCGAGAGGUCACAUUGGUUGCUAGCUGCUGCUGCUACGUUGACUGGUGUAGGCUUCUACUACAGCAACAGCAGCAGCAACAGCAGCAGCAACAGCAGCAGAUGGAUACUCUUCUCCCUGCACCUAUUGCGCUGCAUGCAGCAGCAGCCGCAGCUGCAACGCAACCGUUGCUUCCUAUGGCUUUGCUGCAUAUGUAUCAAAUUCGGAAGCAGCAGCAGCAGCAGCAGCAGCAGCAGCAGACAAUCAGGAGCUGUCCAUCUCAUGGGUUGCUGCCAACAACAACAGAGGCAGCAGCAGCAGUAGCAGCAGCAGCAGCAGCAGCCGGGCUGCAUGCUGGUAAGCAUUUCCUUUCUCCGCUCAAGGACCAAAUAAUCGACAGCAGCAGCAGCAGCAACAACAACAACAGCAGCAGCAGCAGCAAUGACAGCAGCGCUGUGAGUUUUCUUGCAGCAUGUGUCAAUUGCUUAGUGCCUGCCUCAGAGCAGCAGCAGCAGCAGCAACAGCAGCAGCAGCAACAACAGCAACAACAGCUGAUGCUGCAGCACCUGCUGCUGGGGCGCAGCAUGCAGCAAGAAGUUGACUGGCUGCUGCCUCGCGGCUGGCAGCACCACACUGCAGCAGCAGCUGCAUCAACUGCAGGAGGUGCUGCUGCUGCUUGUGCUGCUGCUGCUGCACAUCAUGCGGGGUGUAUGUACACCGUAGUGCUGCUGCUGUGGCGGGAGAUUCAAUCGGACACCUUCUUCCCUUUAGAAGCCUGUCCUGCUGCUCGCCCGCAGCAGCAGCAGCAGCAGCAGCCGCUGCAGCAACGAGAUCGGUGUCUGGUUUGUUGUUCCUGCUGCUGCAGCAGCAGCAGCAAUAGCAGCAUGAGCUGCUGCCGCCGACAGCAGGUUUACGAGUACCGCAGCUUUUUGCUCUCCCGGUUGCUGCUGCUGCUGCAGCAGCAGCAGCAAAAUCCUUCCCUGCUGCACCUUCGACACUUGCUGUCGAUGACGCAAAGGCAAGCAUUGAGCAGCAGCAGCAACAGCAGCAGCAGCGGUGAAAGUGGCAGCAACGAGUGCAACAACAGCAGCAGAAACAGUAGUAGCAGCAGCAGCAACAGCAGCAGCAGCAGCAGCAGCAGCAGCACUUUUGGGUUAUUGUCCUUUGUGCAUCGCCUCUGUCGAUUUGCUGCCUUUCGUAUCCUUUGCUGCUUCCUGCAGCAGCAAGACAGGCAGCAGUUCUUAACAACUUUGCUGCUGCAGCAGCAGCAAGAGCAGCAGCAGCAACAACACCAUGGAUUGCGUCAUCUGCGCAAAGGAGUAGAAUCAGCAGCAACAGCAGCAACAGCAGCAGCAGCAGGCACCUUGGAUAGGGGUGGCUGCGACACCGAGGCACAGCAGCAAAUGCAGCAGAAGCACCAGCAGCACCAAAUACAGCAGCAGCAGCAGCAGCAGCAGCAGCAGCAGCGCCGUAUCCGACUCCCCCGUCGAGUUGAAUUUUUUAGUUGGUUGCAAGCCUCUGAGCAGCAGCAAAUGCAGCAGCAGCAGCAGCAACAGCAGCAGCAACAACAACAGCAGCAAGAGCUGCUGCCGGCUGAUUGUUUCAUGGAGUUGCCUUGCAUAUAUCGCUGCAGCAGCAGCUCUUGCUGCUCAUGUGCAGCAGCAGAAAAGGCUGCUGCUGCUUCUACUGCUUCUGCUGCUACGGUGCAGCAACUGGACCCAGAGAAGACAAGUGCAGCAGUAACAGUUGCUGCUGCAGAUGCUGCUGCUGCUGCUGCUCCUGGGAGCAGCAAGCAACAGCAGCAGCAGCAACAGCAGUGCUCAGUGCUAAGAGGCAUCCAGGUGUCUAUGCAGUUGCUGUUUUUGCUGCGCAGCUGCUGCAGCAGCAGCAGCAGUAGCAGUUGCAGGAGGGCUGUGCGGUGUAUUGACAGCUUUGAGGACGCAUGCAUUGACCUGCUGCUGCCGGGAGGCAGCAGCAGCAGCAAAACAGCUGCAGCAGCAGCAGCUGCUGCUGCUGCAGCAUCAGAGGCACCUCAAGGAGCAGCAGCAGCAGAAGCAGCAGACGCAGACGGAAGGACAGACACCAGCAGCAAUUGGCGUAGAGAGGGCCGGCGCGAGAGGAGCAGCAGCCCCGAGUGCAGCAGCAGCAGCAGUAGGAACAGCAGCAACAGCAGCAGCAGGAGCAACUACAGCGACAGCAGCGGCGCUGAGGAAAGCAGCUGCAGCAGCAACAGUAGGUGCAGCAGCAGCAGGAACGCAGCUAUUGUUAUUGCAGGUCCUCAGCUGUCUAGGCAGCUAGAGCAGCACAGCCUUUACCGUCAUCUGCUGCUGCUGCUGCUGCAGCACCGCAUGCAAAGAACAGCAGCAGCAAAGCUGCCUACUGUCUUUGGUUUAGCUGCUUCCCGCUGCUCCCUGCUGCCUGCUGCUGCAGCUCCUCUGCUGCUGCAGGUCUUAGGCUCCCUUACAAAGGCAGCAACAGCAGUGGCUGCUGCUGCUGCAGCAGCAGCUGCUGCUGCGGUUGCAUCUGUCGGCAGCAGCAGCCACAGCAGCAGCACCGUUUGCUGCAGUUUACUUGGGGGUCUCCGCUUCGCCUUUAUUGCCUUAGAAGAUCUCCCGAGAGAGCUGCAGCAGCAGCCGCUGCUGCUACUGCAGCAGCAGCAGCAGCAAUUGCAGCAGCAGACGGAGGGAAAUGAGAGCUGCUUCAGCGAAAGGUUGCUGCAACAGCUGCUGCAGUUGCUGCUGCUGCUGCAGCAGCUGGCCACGUUUACUUACGGAUACUGCUACGAUACGCUGCAGCUGGUUUCCCUGCAGCAGGAGCAGGAGCAGCAGCACCAGCAGCAAAGCAGCAAGCCAAGUGCUGCUUUGCUGCGGUACCUCACUGCUGCCAGCAGCAAAUGGGAAGGAGCAAAGGCAACAGCAGCAGCAGCACGGGGUGUCUUCCUCCUUGCUGCUGAUGCUGCAGCACAGCUCCUCAAGGUAUGCAGCGGCAACGGCAGCAGCAGCAGCAUCAGCAGCACGACUGAGCUUGCUGCUGCAGUGCAGCAGCAAGUUGCUGGUCUGGGGGAGUCGGCAGAACGCCUGCAGCUGCUGCUAGCAGCAGCAGACAGCAACGGCAUACAACGCGAGCUGCAGCAGCAACUGGAGCAGCAGCAACAGCAGCAGCAGCAGCACGACAGCAGCAGCGAAGAGGAAACAAGCUUCUUAGACGACCUAGUUGACUACGAGACAGAAGACCCCCUAGAGCUCUAUCUAACCGGGCAGCAGCAGCAGCAGCAGCAGCAGUCGCUGCUGCUGCUAGAGCAGCAAGAAGACACAACUGUAACAGCAGCAGCACCUAACAGCAGCAGCAGCAGCAGCAGCAGCAGCAGACACAAGGCCCUACUCCGCAGCAGACAAUUGCCUACUUCUUGGUCGUCUUUCGUUCGCGGCCUCUGCAACAGCAGCUUUUAG